UUAUCAGCGUUAGAAUCUAUAGAUGUAAAUCUACCCUUUGAUUUGGAAAAAGGGGUGAAAAGCAUGUUUGAGGAACCUUACGCAUUCUUUAGUGCGACUAUUCGAGAAUUAAUGUUUGAAGGAACUACUAUUUGCCAUCCCAAUAAAACUGAUUCGAUUGGAAAACUACUUUGUCUUGUUCUUAUGCUUAUAAGGCAGAAAAACAUGAUAUAUAAUGAUGAUUUAUCAAUUACGUUCUCGUUUUUUGGCUACAGAAAUAACACCAACGAUGGUGUUUAUUCAGUAAACACUGGUGAAAGCGACAUAUCAAAAGUUGGUACAAUUUCAACAUGGGAAAAUUCUGCAUAUACUACUUAUUGGAGUGGAUCAAAAUCGUCUUGUAAUAGAGUGGAAGGAUCCAGAACUACAGUUUUUCCGCCAUUUUUGGAAGAAAGCAUGAAAUUUGACGUUUUUAGUACAGACAUUUGCAAAUCUGCCAAUAUUAUCUACAAUAAAACUAAUACUUAUCAUGACAUCGAAGGAUACCGAUUUAGAACCUACCUAAAUUCGUUUACUUCGUCAGAUGAUGAUUGUUAUUGUACCGAUGGGGCGAAAGAUUUAGAUGGAAACGAUACAUGCUUUUCUGAUGGUUUACUUAAUUUAUAUACUUGCCAUGCUGCUCCAAUAUUGCUAUCUUACCCACACUUUCUUUGGUUGGAGGAAUCUCUUUCUAAAACAGUUGAAGGUUUAAACGCAUCGGAAGACAAGCAUACAACUUACGUUGAUAUUGAUCCUUAUUUGGGCAUACCCUUACAGUCAAGUCAGAAAGUACAAUUUAAUUUAAUUUUGAGACCUUACGUCUUUGGAAACGGGACCUUGGUAUCACUUACUCAGAAUUUAUCUAGAGCUCUGACUCCGUUUUUGUGGAUUGACGAGGGAAUGGCAUUAACAUCUGAUAUAACUGAUGAGAUGAGGUCAGAAUUAUAUGACAGACUAAAACUCCUAAAUAUAGUGGAAUGGGUGAUAAUAGCGUUAGGGAUUGUCUUCAUUAUAGUGCCACCUGCAGCUUAUGGAAUUAAAAAACUCAGAACCUCAGACACGAAAGGGGCGAUUAAAAAAAAUUAACUCGUAAAAUAUUAUUAAUUUUUGCAAUAAUAAAGUGUUUUUAUAAA